AAAUAAAAUAAGAAGAGACAGAAACGCAAACGCAAACGCUUCUUCUCUCUCUUGAAGUUCCUCCAGGCAUCUCCGAUUGGAUUCGAUCACUGCCGUAGCGGCUGUUCCGAUCUCGAUCUCGAUCGGAAGGGGAUGAGGAAGCGGGAGCGUGAGAACCCGUGCGGGAUCUGCGGGCAUUACCACAGGUACGAGGAGGGGGAGCCGUGCGGGGUGUGCGGCCACCGCCCGCCGGUGCUCGCACCGGCGGGCGUUCCCCGGCAGGACUCGGCGUUCCCCUCGGAGAUUCUCAAGGACUUGCUCUUCCUCGGCAGCUACGACAACGCCUCCCGCUCCGAGCUGCUCAAGACCCUGGGCAUCUCCCACAUCCUCAACACCGUCCCUUUCUGCCAAAACCUUUACCGGAAUUCCUUCACUUAUCACUGCCUUGAAGAUGGCAAGACUUUGCAGUUUGAUGAUGCAAUCCAGUUUCUAGAACAGUGCGAGAGGGAUAAAACACGAGUUCUUGUCCAUUGCAUGUCAGGGAAGAGUAGGUCAGCUGCAUUUGUGAUAGCCUUCUUGAUGAAGUCCAGAGGCUGGCGACUUGCACAAUGUUAUCAAUGGGUGAAAGAACGGAGACCACAAGUUCAACUGGCUGAUGCGGCACAGCUGCAGUUGAUUGAGUAUGAGCAGAAACUUUUUGGCUCCAAUGUUGGCAUGGCAGCUCAAUCUUUUUCUCCAACAGAUUCUACUUUCCCUUCACUUGGAUUUGGUUUUCCAAAACCAACAGGUGACAUCCAGGUGCCCACCUUCAAUCAGCAUACUCCAGCCUCCAUCUUUGAGCGUGUCAGCUCCAACAACAUCCCAAGUAAUUUCACAUUUGGAGCUGAAAAAGUUUCCGAAGUGAAGCUUCCAGACAGCGGUAACGUUGGUGUGGCCAACUUGGCCGGGAGUGAAAGCAUGAUGGACAGCUCCUAGGUCGCUUUGUAAACAGUAUAAAUGUAUCAAUCGAUGCAUCAACUCAUGUUUCUUGGGAUAGUUUAGAUUUCUAGGUAGAAAGGUUGUAAAUUUUUGUACUGACUUCUACACUAUGUGCAAGUGUUUCGUCCAUUGAUACAAUCUACACUUAAGAGGUCUCAUAUGUGCUUCUAUUCAACUUCUGUAACGUAAUUCACAUGGAACUGAAGUUACGCUGGAAAAAGUGGUAGAAGUUUUAUA